AUGGCGGAAGGAUUUCCUCCUGUAAAUCGAAAGGUAAACGAAAGUACGGAUAACAGGAAAGCUCCAUUCUAUGAUCAUCCAGUGUUUAGGGAAAUAUCACUAUCCAAUGGAAAAAUAAAUAAAAUGAAGAAGGAUGAAGUCAAGAAAAUACUUAAAGAGCGUGGGCUGGACACACGGUGAGUGAAAUAUCAUCAGCUAAAAGUAAACAAACUCAGCAUUACGACUCCAGCCCGGAUUAUUUGUGACUUACUGAAAUGGGUGACACCGCUGGAUUUUUUACCUCGAAGGCUCGGUUUAUUCCUUUGGGCAUUGCUUUCGGUGGCUGCCGAAAACGUGUCGAAUGAUUUCGGUUUUAUUCGUUUCGAUAAAGGUGAGAUAUUUUGGAAGAAGACCAAAGGAACUGCGGAAGGUACUUCAAAAGACUUGGACAAUAGUGUAAUUAAGCUACCUUGCGCGAACAGACUUGAUCUUGUACUCUUUUGUUUACAUUGUCUUGAGAUGAAUGAACUCGAGAUCGAUAAACUGCAAUCAUUUGAAUGGAUUUAGUUUCUAUUCACGGUGUAUUUUUAGCCUUAUUAUGUUUUUAGGAUUAAAGAGCGUCGCAAAAGAUUUAAAAAUGGAUCUUGGACGAGUUGUUGUAAUCACUGCAAGGAGCAAAAGCGAAAAUAGUUUAUCAUUUCGAGCGCUGAUCGUUUUGUUUUGAUCCGAAUGAGUGCACUUGAAUUAAACUACUUCUUUAUUAUGUAAAUUAUGAAUGAAUGUAUGAACAUCAGUGACACACAUGGCUGCACCUUGUGAGCCGCUUUUUGGUUCAUACCACAUUUUCACAUCAUUUAUGAUCUACUUGUAAUACUAAACAGAGGCACGGCAACAUGGAAUCAACUUUUUAAAUGUUUCAUGAUGUAUUCUGAGUCUAAUAUGAGUUUAUAAUUUGCAAAUUAUUCUCUAUACCACCAAAAACUGUUUUCCAAAGCAUGUGAUAUUGACAAGUUUGUUUUUAGAUUUGAUCAAAUAUUACAUUGAGAAUUGUCUUAAGAAAAAAAACUCUGGUAUGUAUUGUCGAGAGUCCAUUGCAUUGAUCAGUAGUUUACAUCAUCUCCUUGCUGAUGGCACGGAUUACCUUCAAAGUACGCCUAAAUAAUUUUUUCCAAUGUUUUGUUUUGCUGAGUAGGAAAUUGUGGAUAAUGAUGAUACAUUCCAAAGAGUCCUUGACAGCUUUCAUCAGUGGCUUGAAAUACAUAAACCUGGAUCAGAAUAUAAAUUCGUUGUUGUCACUGAUGGGUGAGUUUGCUUCUCAUACACAUUUCUUGCACUUCCUUUACUGAGUUUCCAACAGUUAAAUCAUCAUCCCAGUGACUGGUACUCAUAUGUACUAUAGGGCAGAGAGAGACACCGUGAAGGUGUCCCGCCCAGGCAGAUAUAGACUUGUAAAUUUGCAGGGCUUGCAGAUGUUGGGCUUAUCAGUGAAGGGAUGAGUAGAUGAGCGCUAACAUUUGUGUCUUUAACAUUAUUCUGUAGCUUCAAUGAAUGCCAAGCACAGUAUGACAUGCACCUCUUUGGUUGCAAAACCUACCAUGUUUGAAACAAAAACGAUAAAUGCUUUCAAUGUAAGAACAUUUUGUACCGUAACGAUGCACCGCUCAGACGACCAACGACCUCGGCACAGUUUUUAGUUCAAGGGAAGGGUGGGCUAAAGAGAUGGUCCUAAAGAGAGAGGGCCUAUUCGAGAUGGGGGCUUAGAGGAGGGAGGGACUUCUGGGAGAGGGGCGUUUCCAUAGCUUCCAUGGUAAUUCCUUUAUAUUUUUUCCAAUGUAGCCCCUAUGAUAUGA